GUGCGCGCGCACCCCGCCCUCGCGCUGGCGCGCCCCUUAGGCAGGCUCGCGGCGGCUGGUCAGUGGGGCGGUCUCGGGCACGUCGCGACCCGGAUCCUCCAAGUUCAUGGCCUCCUUAGGAGCGACCUCCGGCAGGACGCCGCAGCGACAGGGGCCUGGAGCAUUCACGGCCAGCUUCCCCAGCCCAGCCCCAGGGCCAGACCCCGGGGAGGCUGAGGAGGAGGAAGAUGAAGAGGAGGAGGAGCUGGCCCAGAUCCAUCUGUGUGUGCUGUGGAAUUCAGGAUACUUGGGCAUUGCCUACUAUGACACUAGUGACUCCACUGUCCACUUCAUGCCAGAUGCCCCAGACCAUGAGAGCCUCAAGCUUCUCCAGAGAGUUCUGGAUGAAAUCAAUCCCCAGUCCAUUGUUACAAGUGCCAAACAGGAUGAGAAUAUGACUCUAUUUCUGGGGAAGCUUGCCUCCCAGGAGCCCAGGGAGCCUAAGAGACCUGAAAUCAUAUUUUUGCCAAGUGUGGAUUUUGGUCUGGAGAUAAGCAAACAGCGCCUCCUUUCUGGAAACUACUCCUUCCUCCCAGAGUCCAUGACCGCCACUGAGAAAAUUCUCUUCCUCUCCUCCAUUAUUCCUUUUGACUGCCUCCUCACAGUUCGAGCACUUGGAGGGCUGCUCAAGUUCCUGGGUCGAAGAAGAAUCGGGGUUGAACUGGAAGACCACAGUGUCAGUGUCCCCAUCCUGGGGUUUAAGAAAUUUGUGUUGACCCAUCUGGUGAGCAUAGAUCAAGACACUUACAGUGUUCUACAGAUUUUUAAGAGUGAGUCUCACCCCUCGGUCUACAAAGUGGCCAGUGGAUUGAAGGAGGGACUCAGCCUCUUUGGAAUCCUCAACAGAUGCCGUUGUAAGUGGGGAGAGAAACUGCUCAGGCUGUGGUUCACACGUCCAACUCAUGACCUGGGGGAACUCAAUUCCCGUCUGGACGUUAUUCAGUUUUUUCUGCUGCCCCAGAAUCUGGACAUGGCUCAGAUGCUGCAUCGACUUCUGGGUCACAUCAAGAACGUGCCUCUGAUUCUGAAGCGCAUGAAGUUGUCCCAUACCAAGGUCAGCGACUGGCAGGUUCUCUACAAGACUGUGUACAGUGCCCUGGGCCUGAGAGAUGCCUGUCGCUCCCUGCCCCAGUCCAUCCAGCUCUUUCGAGACAUUGCCCAAGAGUUCUCUGAUGACCUGCACCACAUUGCCAGCCUCAUUGGGAAAGUGGUGGACUUUGAGGGCAGUCUUGCUGAAAAUCGCUUCACAGUUCUUCCCAACAUAGAUCCUGAAAUUGAUGAGAAAAAGCGAAGGCUGAUGGGACUUCCCAAUUUCCUCACUGAGGUUGCCCGGAAGGAACUGGAGAAUCUAGACUCUCGUAUUCCUUCAUGCAGUGUCAUCUACAUCCCUCUGAUCGGCUUCCUUCUUUCUAUUCCCCGCCUACCUUUCAUGGUAGAGGCCAGUGACUUUGAGAUUGAAGGACUGGACUUCAUGUUUCUCUCGGAGGAGAAGUUGCACUAUCGUAGUGCUCAAACCAAGGAACUGGAUGCAUUACUGGGAGACCUGCAUUGCGAGAUCCGGGACCAGGAGACUCUGCUGAUGUUCCAGCUGCAGUGCCAGGUGCUGGCGCGGGCAGCUGUCUUGACCCGAGUAUUGGACCUUGCCUCCCGUCUGGAUGUCCUGCUGGCUCUUGCUAGUGCUGCCCGGGACUAUGGCUACUCGAGGCCUCGUUACUCCUCCCAGCUUCUUGGGGUACGAAUCCAGAAUGGCAGACAUCCUCUGAUGGAACUCUGUGCUCGAACUUUCGUGCCCAACUCUGCAGAAUGCAGUGGGGACAAAGGGAGGGUCAAAGUCAUCACCGGACCCAACUCCUCAGGCAAGAGUAUAUACCUCAAACAGGUAGGCUUGAUCACAUUCAUGGCCCUGGUAGGCAGCUUUGUGCCAGCAGAAGAAGCCGAAAUUGGAGCAGUAGAUGCCAUCUUCACCCGAAUUCAUAGCUGCGAAUCCAUCUCCCUUGGCCUCUCCACCUUCAUGAUUGACCUCAACCAGGUGGCAAAAGCAGUGAACAAUGCCACUGCACAGUCUCUGGUCCUCAUUGAUGAAUUCGGAAAGGGAACCAACACGGCAGAUGGACUUGCACUUCUGGCGGCUGUGCUCCGAUAUUGGCUGGAGCUUGGACCAAUGUGCCCCCACAUCUUUGUGGCCACCAACUUUCUGAGUCUUGUUCAGCUGCAGCUGCUGCCACAAGGACCCCUGGUGCACUAUUUGACUAUGGAGACCUGUGAGGAUGGGAACGAUCUUGUCUUCUUCUAUCAGGUUUGCGAAGGUGUUGCCAAGGCCAGCCAUGCCUCCCACACAGCUGCUCAGGCUGGGCUUCCUGACACACUCAUUGCUCGUGGCAAGGAGGUCUCAGACUUGAUCCGCAGUGGAAAACCUAUCAGGCCUGUCAAGGAGUUGCUGAAGGAAAACCAAAUGGAAAAUUGCCAGGCAUUAGUGGAUAAGUUUCUGAAACUGGACUUGGAAGAUCCUCACCUGGACUUGAACAUUUUCAUGAGUCAGGAAGUACUGCCUGCUGCCACCACCGUCCUCUGAAGAGUCCUUCCUCUACCCUCCCCAACUUCCCAAGACCCUGGUGGGCUGCCAUUCCCUCUGUUUCCUUAUCUCCUUCAGAUCCAAAGUUCUCAGUUUCCCCAGAAAUUCUGUUUCAUACUGGAAAUAAAGUUUAUUUUGAA